GACGUGGCAAAACCCAGAACAAAAAAAUCUUUCUCAUCCAGAUAAACCACAACUACCCCGGAAAAUGGUGGUUACUCUCCCUCUCAACUGAGGCCCUCUCUCAAAAUCUUCAUCAAUGUACACUCUAAAACCCUCAUUCUCCAAAACCCUUUUCCUCAAAUCACCUCUUCUUCGAUCCUCCUUCAAACCCCAAUUCUUUCCCUACACUACACAAAUUUCCAGUCCCUGCAGUAGCACACCUCUCUCUUUCAGCAUCACCUGCAAGCUCAAAACCUCCGAGGAUGGAAAGAGCAGCAAGAGUCUGGCCAAGAAGAUUGUUCUGUCGGAGGGAGCACCGGCGGUGUCCGAGGACGGCGCCGGAAAUGGGGAAGCUCAGCCGAAGCCGGCGAGUAAGGGGGGUGGCGGUGGUGGGGGUUUUGGGGGGUUGGUGAAGAGGUUCCCCAGAAAGGUUCUGUCUCGUCUUUCUAAUUUGCCUUUGGCUAUUGGGGAGAUGUUCACUGUUGCAGCUUUAAUGGCUUUAGGUACUGCCAUUGAUCAAGGAGAGGCUCCAGAUUACUAUUUUCAAAAAUUCCCUGAAGAUAAUCCAGUCUUGGGAUUCUUCACUUGGAGAUGGGUUCUCACCCUUGGGUUCGACCACAUGUUCUCAUCUCCCAUCUUCCUGGGAAUGUUGGCUCUCCUGGCCACAUCACUCAUGGCCUGUACCUACACAACACAAAUCCCCCUGGUUAAGGUUGCAAGAAGAUGGAAUUUCUUGCACUCUGCUGAAGCCAUUCGCAAGCAGGAAUUUUCAGAGUCUCUGCCCAAAGCAUCAGUUCGAGAUUUGGGUGUUGUUCUGAUGGGAGCUGGAUAUGAGGUAUUCUUGAAGGGACCAUCUUUAUAUGCCUUCAAGGGACUGGCAGGCAGGUUUGCCCCUAUUGGAGUUCAUUUAGCAAUGCUGCUGAUAAUGGUAGGUGGAACUCUGAGUGCUACUGGGAGCUUUAGAGGUUCCGUCACAGUUCCACAGGGAUUGAAUUUUGUUAUGGGAGAUGUGCUAAGCCCAAGUGGGUUUCUUUCUACACCAACAAAAGCUUUUGAUACUGAGGUUCAUGUCAACAGAUUUUACAUGGACUACUAUGACAGUGGGGAGGUAUUGCAGUUUCACACUGAUCUUUCGCUGUUUGACCUUAAUGGAAAAGAGGUGAUGAGGAAAACAAUAAGUGUAAAUGACCCUUUAAGAUUUGAUGGGAUCACUAUAUACCAGACUGAUUGGAGUUUUUCGGCAUUACAAAUACGUAAGGAUGAUGAAGGACCUUUCAAUUUGGCUAUGGCACCUUUAAAGCUCAAUGGAGAUAAGAAGCUUUUUGGGACCUUUUUACCAGUUGGAGAUUCUGAUUCUCCUAAUGUUAAGGGAAUAUCAAUGCUUGCCCGUGAUCUACAGUCAAUUGUCUUAUAUGAUAAAGAAGGAAAAUUUGCUGGAGUUAGACGACCUAACUCUAAUCUUCCAAUUGACAUUGACGGCACAAGGAUUGUUAUUGAAGAUGCAAUAGGUAGUAGUGGCCUCGACUUGAAGACUGAUCCAGGGGUUCCGAUUGUGUAUGCUGGUUUUGGUGCUCUGAUGCUCACAACUUGCAUCAGUUACUUAUCUCAUACACAGAUAUGGGCCUUACAAGAUGGAACUACAGUAGUCAUUGGAGGAAAGACAAACCGGGCAAAGCUUGAAUUUCCUGAUGAAAUGAAUCAAUUGCUUGAUCGGGUCCCAGAACUAGUUGAAUCAUCACUUUCUAAGCAAUCUGAUGCCAUUAGUGGCUAGUUUCAGAGACAUCAAGAUGGGAAGGAAGAGCACACCAUGUGGGGUUUUAGCCAUUACAUUCAGCAUUUUAAGGUAAAGCCAAGACACAAUUCCUACUCGAUUUGAUUGAUCAGAAUCUGCAGAUCAUGUGGAUGCAUACUCCAGCCAUUGUUGAUAUGCAGGGCAAGGUCCACAACCUCAGUGGAGCUGUCAAAUUCUAGUGCCUGAAUGUAUACCUUUUGGUCUUAAGCUUCUUUCUGGGGCCAAGACUCUACCUUGAGAUUGUGUCCUGAAUUUAUUCAUUCCACACAGCAACAUAUCUUCGAUUAUUGUAUUGAUUUACACAUAUGGUUAGAAGUUCAUGCUGAUUCCAAUAAAUAACUUCAGAAGGUUGAUAA